AUGAUACUCAGAGAUGAGGUGUCUAGUGGGGAUGAGAACGGCGUCUUCGGAGUCUUCAAGUUGAUGCUCUAUAUCGUGCAUUCGGGGAGGCGAAUACGAAGCCAUGAAGCGGAAAAUUACCCACCUAAUGGUGGUUUGUCAGAUGCUGCUUGGCUUGAAUGCCAUAGGGCACGAAGUCUGUGCAUAAGAGGAGCACUCCGAGUUGAUAGCUCGAUCUACUCUCUGCAACGCAAGAAACCGGAAUUCUCGAAAGUCCGCCGGGUCCGCCUGUCUGUCCGCCUGUCCGCCAAGGGGAAACUGGGACAAGGAUGUCGCCGCCUUCUUGCUCUAACCACCAUCAUCCUCACUAGCGAGGUGCCCACUGGCCUUCCUGCCCCACUCUUCAUCAACAUUAUUACCUGGUCUUCACGACCUACAACAGUUUUUGCCUUCACUAAUCGAUACCCGCCCCCGGUCCACCAUGUCUUUCUAGUCAUGUCAACUUCAAGUGACUUGGGUGAUGGUCCUCCGCCGGAUUGGACGGUAAUGAUCCUCCAGUGUACAAAACCUGAUGGCGGCAAGAACAUGCGCAGCAAAACCACGAAGCGCUGCCAGUUGUUCCGCUUCGCCUACCGUCGAAAGGGCAGCCCAUCAUCAUCUCCCAAAGCCACAGAUUCUCGUCGUCGCAAAUCACCGCCUCGAAAACUGAGGCCCAAACACUGUCAUGCCUUAGGUGGCUGUGAAGGGGUUGCAGAUCACAUUGAUAUGCAUGGUCCAUCAACAGAGAACCUCGAGCUGGAUGAUGAACCACACGACCUGCACGAUCUUGUGCCUGCACCUCUGCCAUCUGCUCCUGCCGCUACCUCUGCUGACAAGGGCAAGGGCCGUGCAGUGUCUGAACUUGAAGACGACGAGGAGAUUGAUCAACUUAUAUCUUCGGAUCCCCCUCCUGUCCAGGACACUGGCACAUCUGGAUCACGUACCCUCAACCCACCUGUGAAGUCAUCAACUCUUCCACGAUAUGCAUGACAGAUGCCACCACAGUUCACUCAACAAAUCACGCGUGAGCAGUCGCUAGAGGAGGAAGACUGCCAUCAUGACGCUGUGCGGAUAGAGAGUGCACGACGUGCCAGGUAUAGUGUCACCGUUUAUGGGUUCUUAGAGG